AUGAGGGGCGAGGUGCUCGCAGCCCUGCUGGGGCUGUUCGUGGCGCUGGCGGCCGGUGUGGAGGACUUGAGCCUGAAGGACUUCGACUUUGCCCAGUUUUCAGGUAUCUGGUACAAGAUUGCCUUCGCUCCCAACCUGGAGCCCCAGGGCUCGCCCCGGACGAAGAAGAUGGGGGCCGUAAUGGUGGAGCAGGAGGGGCCACACCUGGCCCUGACCUCCGUGUCUGACCACGUGAGCCGCUGUGUGAAGGAGAAGAGCCAGGCUGUGAAGGGGGACGCCCCCGGGAAGUUCAAGCUUCCUAUGGAGUCUGGAGGCAAAGAGGUCACUGUGGUGGCCACGGACUGCAAGACGUAUGCCAUCAUGAACGUUGUCUUCCGCAAAGGAGGGAAGGCCCACAGUGUCCUGAAACUUUAUAGCCGGAUGGUGGAACACAACGAAAAAGCCAUGGACAGGUUCCUCGUAAAGGCCCUGGAGCACGGGCUGUCAGCAGUGGGCGUGCAGCUGCUCUCCAAGGACCUGACCUGCGUGAACUUGCUGCCCUAG